CGCCAAAAUUGUUUCUCUGUAUCCAAUAAGAAAAUUGCUAGUGGUUGAAGCGCGCAAUUUCCGUUCAAGAUGGCCGCCAAUAGUAUGCCUAUUUCUGUUCCAUCGGAAAAGCCUUUAAAACUUGUGAAAUGGAAAGUUAAAGAAGGUGCAUUUGUGUCGCAUGGUCAAAUAUUAUUUUUGUACAGCGAUUCGUCGGGCGAUAGUGGUGAAAUAAAGAAAUAUAAAGUAGCACGCGCUGGCACUAUUGUGUCCAUCAAGGUGAGGGAAGGAGACAUUGCAGAUCCUGGAACUUGUAUAGCAGACUUAGAAGAAUGUCGUCAUCCUACGGUCAUGAAAGAAAUGUGCGCGGAAUGCGGUGCCGAUUUACGCGCCGAAGAGGUGCAGAAACACGACGUAGCUAUCGUGCCAAUGGUCCACUCUGUACCUGAAUUAAAGGUAUCUGAGGAAUUAGCUCAGAAACUGGGCAGAGAGGAUGCUGACCGCCUACUUAAGAAUCGUAAGCUGGUUUUACUUGUGGAUCUUGAUCAGACACUAGUGCACACCACCAACGAUAACAUACCUCCUAACUUGAAGGGUGUCCUACACUUCUUCUUAAGAGGUCCAGGCAACCAGGGAAGAUGGUGCCACACAAGGUUCAGGCCUAAAACUGAAGAAUUCCUUGAAUCAGCUUCAAAGAACUAUGAGUUACACGUAUGCACGUUUGGUGCUAGGCAAUAUGCACACGCUAUAGCAGAAUUAUUAGAUCCACAAAAGAAAUAUUUCUCACACAGGAUAUUAUCAAGGGACGAAUGUUUUGAUGCAAGAACUAAAUCUGCUAAUUUAAAAGCUUUAUUUCCCUGUGGUGACAACAUGGUAUGCAUAAUAGAUGACAGGGAAGAUGUAUGGAGGCACGCUUCAAAUCUUAUACACGUCAGGCCCUAUUCAUUCUUCCAGUCAACCGGUGACAUCAAUGCACCACCACCUUUGCCAGAAGACAAGCCUAGAUUAGCGAUUGGUAAAAAUGGAUCUCAACUACCAACUAGCAAUCAAAUGCCUACCUUAGAUGCGGAGCCUGAGAAGGAUGGCAAGGAAAUAAAAGAUAAACAAACAGAUGAAAAAGAGAAAUCUGUUGAGGUUGAAAAUGGAAAAAUUUUAAGUGAAAAACCAGAUAUAAAAGAUGGUGAAAAAAUUGAUAAGCCCUUAGAACCUCCUCCUUGUGUUUGGGUUGGGAAUGCAGAUGGGCAGAUAGAAGUAGAUGAUGCAGAUGAUUAUUUAAUAUAUUUGGAGGACAUUUUGAAAAGGAUACACAAACACUUCUACGAUAUAUACGACAGUAUGGGCCAACAACCAAUACCGGAUCUCAAAUUCAUAAUACCAGACGUUAAAAGCAAAGUGCUGGCUGGAUCAAGUUUGGUGUUCAGCGGCCUGGUUCCGACCCACCAACGCUUAGAGACCUCUAGAGCUUACCAAGUGGCUAAGAGUCUAGGGGCAGAUGUUACACAGGACUUUACCGACAAAACUACACAUUUGGUGGCAAUUCGAUCAGGAACAGCGAAAGUGAACGCAAGUCGAAAAAUGGGCGAUGGCAAAAGCAACAAAAUUCACGUGGUAACGCCUGAGUGGCUGUGGACUUGUGCCGAGAGAUGGGAGCGAGUCGACGAAAGACUGUACCCUUUGCAGAGAGGAGGACAGAGCAGCGCGCGUCGGCCGCCCGCGCACUGCAGCAGCCCCCCACCGCCCCCCGUGCGCCGCCGCACCCCCUCCGGCCGGUUCAUGGACUCUCUCAACCCGCUGCUGUCCUUCUCGAGCGACGAUAUCGCUGACAUGGAUCGUGAGGUAGAGGAUAUUUUUAACGAAUCAGAUGAAAGUUCGUCAGACGACGAAGAGAAACCUACUGAUGAUGUUGAUGAUGAAGAGAAUAUAUCCGAAGACCGGUUACUCUCCUUAGAAACAAGUCAGAGUUCACAGGACAGGUUAGGAGAAAACAAAGAGGGCAAUGAUUCAAGUGAUUCAAACACAGAUGGAGAAAGGCCACGGAAGAGGCCCAGACCUUCAACACCACCUUCUGAUGAUGAUGUCCCACCAGAUGAUGACGAUAGCUCAUGGAACCUCAUGGGAGCAGCACUUGAAAGAGAGUUCCUUGCACAGGACUGAUGCAAACCCACACAACCCCAUUGUACAAAUACCUUGUGUUAAUAAAAUGUUCUUUAAAAUG